UUCUGAAGAAGAAUGUUUUUUUAGAGGAGAAGAAUAUGGUCAUUGUGCAAGAAAAAAAAUGACAGAAAAAGAGAGAUGGGAGCAAUGGUUACAAGAAGACUGGGAAAAUUGUGUGAGUUUAAAUCUUUCAUAUCAAGAUCUGGGAGAUCCUUACCAAAUAGACAACUGUAAGAGAAUUCUCCGCCGAUUAAUCCGAGUGGAGAGGCUUUGGCUGGUGGAUAAUUCACUGACAGAUCUAAGUGCCAUAAAUUUGCCAAGGUGCAAAGAACUCAAACUCAGCAAAAAUCAUUUUACAUCCUUCAGACAACUGCCAAAAAUACCUGAAAUUCAACACUUGUUCUUAGACGAGAACAAUAUCACAGCCUUAAAUGAAUUAUCAGCCUUGAGAUAUGCUCCAUUAGAAUCUCUUAUUCUCAAGAGAAACCCCUGUGAGUUUCAAGAAAACUACAGGCAGCUUGUAUUCUUCAAUUUGCCAAAUCUGAAGAUGCUGGAUGGAAUCCUAAAAAUGCCAGAGGACUGUCUUCCACUAGGAAGGAACUUUUUUUCUAAAAUAUGCACCAUAUCGUAGCAUUAUAUUUUCCAACAGGAUUGAAGGAUUUGCCAUGAUUAAAGGAGUAAA